GUCAGAUUAUACAAAACUUGUACGCGACAAAUCCGAAUUCGUUAAUGCGCAUGUGCGAAAUAUAUCCUGAUACAUUGAGAUGAUCUCUUUAACACUACACGUCGAAUACCGAUCAGUGCAGGCACUGUAGUUGCAUUUUCUAGACGAAUUUUCAGCUGUUGAACGAUGGACGUCUGCAAAGAAAUACUGUUAUUAUUUGUUAUUGCUGCCUUUAUGCUUACAGGUUGCCUUAGCCAGACAAAAAGCAAAUGCCAAGGAGGUUUUGAUCUAUAUUUUGUACUCGACAAAUCUGGUAGUCUUUCAGUUACCAACUUCCAACAACAGACAGUUGAUUUUGUAGAAAAAAUUUACAAUGAAUUUACAAAUCCCAAGCUUAGGGUUUCGUUCAUCACAUUCUCCGAUGAGCCACAGACCAAUAUGCCUUUGACUGGAGAUAAACGGAAGAUUAGUACAGGAUUUCAAGAGUUACGAUUAAUAAUACCCGAUGGAGGAACUUAUAUGGAAACUGGACUUAGAAACGCCAACAGUCAGAUCCUAGAGCACAGUAAGUGGUGGAUCGCCAGCGCCACAUCCCAAGUUUAUAUUCUAGACAGGCUAAUAACGCGCGCAAAUUCGGCUAAUAAAGCGCGCAAAUUCGGUGCGUCUGUUAUUGCAGUCAGUGUUGGUGAUAGUAAAGAGCGUGAUCUUCGCGACAUCGCCGAUAAGCCUUAUAAAGAUCAUGUUUUCAGAGGCGAUACAUUUGCUGAUCUAGAUGACAUCAUUGGAGUCAUUGUUAAUAAGUCAUGCGUUGAAAUUUUAUCCGCUAGUCCAGAUGAAGUUUGUUCAAAUGUACCUUUUCUGGUUAACUUAGAAGGUAAUGGGUUCACCAAUACAGACAACGUGUCGCACGUCAUUUGUAACUUCAAACUGAACGACACAGAUAACCAAGCUGUCGUGCCAACUUUCUUAACUGACACAAGGAUGACCUGUGAAGCUCCACCAAUCACCGAGGGAAACUUCGUGGUAAUGCAAGUUUCUGUGAAUGGAAAAUCAUACAUAUCAAGUAAUGUAACCUUAACUGCUAUUGAUUGUACGAAGCCGGACCUUACCGCUGUGAUCGCUGGAGUUAGUCUCUUCUUUCUGUUAUUGCUUUUACUGCUUCUUUGGUGGUUCUGGAACAUCGUAUGUUGCGUGGUGGUGACAAAAGCUGCCACGAAAGCAGCUCCACCGCCCGAGAAGCCGAAUGGCAAGUGGCCAGCAGUGGACGCUUCGUAUUAUGGUGGUGGUGGAGUUGGUGGGAUGAAACCGGUUCAGGUGAAAUGGGGCGAUAAGGGAUGUACCGAGGCAGGAUCCCAUUUGGAAAAGACAAAGGAUGCUAAACUUCUGGGCGAGAGAUCGACUGGAAACCCUGGUAGUGGUAGUAAUAAGCCAACAAUGUGGGACAAAACCAAGGGUGCAUUUGCAGCUUGCUUUGCGCCUAUCAAGUCGUGUUAUGACAGAGUUUCCAUAAUGAGACCGCAGCAAGGUGAAAAGGUAUAA